GGAAGAGUGACAGCAAGAGAGAGAGAGAGAGAGAGAGAGAGAAAGAAAGAAAUGGCGCCUCGAUGCUGCGCUAAAUGAGGCAGUCUUUGGAGCCGGCCAACGAGAUCCAGUGAGGGCAUAAGGGAAAACAAACAAACUAAACAUGGUGAACACGAGGAAAAACUCCCGCCCGGGCGGCCCCUUCAUCUCCUCCAGGACGAGGUCCUCGUCAAGAACCGAGCGGAACUGUGAGGAACAUAAGGAGGCUAGUAGUGAUGUAAGCAGUCCCAGCAGUCCGCGGCUGGCACCCCCUUCCAAGCGGACGCGGCGGCAGACCGCCUCCGAGCCGAGCUCCAGCGAUACCUCGCCGUCCCCACAGACCAAGGGCCAGAGGGUCAGCUGGGAAAUUCCCACCUACCGCACCAGGUUGUCGUCUCGCAUUAUGCAAAAUGGACACGCCCAUCUGAGUCACAGGAAUGAGCAGAGCGGAGGUGCAGAUCACUCUCACAUGAAUGGGCACGUGGAGCUGAAGAGGAGCUGCCGGGGGAAGAAGAGCAAAUUUGAACACCUCAAUCAGAGCCUGCUGUUUGACCAGCUGGUCAACAGCACUGCUGAGGCUGUCCUUCAGGAGAUGGACAACAUCAGCAGCAUCAGGCAGAACCGUGAGGUGGAGCGGCUUCGCAUGUGGACCGGAGACACCGAGGAGGAAAACCUGGACAUGUAUUCUCGGGUAAAGCGCAGGAAAUCCAUGCGGAGGAGCACUUUCAGCAUGCCUACACACCACAAAGUCCUCAGCAAAAAUGAGCAGGAGGAUGAAGAGGAGGAAGGCACCGAAGAUUCCCACGGCGAGGAAGGGGAGGAGGAUGCAGAGGACGAAGAUGACGAAGGGGAUGAAGCGGAGGAGGCGGGGGAGGAAAACGGCAGGCCGUACAACCUGAGGCAGCGGAAGACGGUGCAGCGAUACGAGGCCCCACCUAUCGAACCCGUGAACAGAAAACAGAGCAACCCCUCACUUUUUGACACCCACAGAUCCCCAGCAAGAAGAAGCCAUAUAAGAGUGAAGAAACACGCCAUUCACAGCAGUGACACCACCUCUUCUUCUGAUGAGGAGCGCUUUGAGCGGAGGAAAGGCAAGAGCAUGACCCGAGCCCGGAACAGGUGUUUGCCCAUGAACCUGACCUCAGAAGACCUGACGAGCGGGGUGCUGCGUGAUCGCGCGAAAGUUGGAGCCAGCCUGGCGGACGUGGACCCCAUGAACCUCGAUAGCUCGGUGAAGUUUGACCAUGUGGGUGGCCUCGGUAAUCACAUUCAGUCUCUGAAGGAGAUGGUGGUGUUCCCACUGCUGUAUCCGGAGAUCUUUGAGAAGUUUAAGAUUCAGCCUCCCAGAGGGUGUUUGUUCUAUGGCCCCCCGGGGACUGGAAAGACCCUGGUGGCCCGGGCGCUGGCCAACGAGUGCAGUCAGGGAGACAGGAAGGUGUCCUUCUUCAUGAGGAAAGGAGCCGACUGCCUCAGCAAGUGGGUGGGGGAGUCGGAACGCCAGCUCCGCCUGCUCUUUGACCAGGCUUACCUGAUGAGGCCAUCCAUCAUUUUUUUUGACGAGAUUGAUGGUUUGGCUCCUGUUCGCUCCAGCCGGCAGGACCAGAUCCACAGCUCGAUCGUUUCCACUCUGCUGGCCUUGAUGGACGGCUUGGACAGUCGCGGGGAGGUAGUGGUCAUCGGUGCUACAAACAGACUUGACUCUAUCGACCCGGCACUCAGGAGGCCCGGCCGCUUUGACCGGGAGUUUCUGUUCAACCUGCCCGACAAGAAGGCCAGAAAGCACAUCUUGGAGAUUCACACACGGGACUGGAAUCCCAAGCUGGCCGAGCCAUUUGUAGAUGAGCUCGCAGAAAAAUGCGUCGGCUACUGCGGCGCUGACAUCAAAGCACUUUGCACGGAGGCCACCUUGGCUGCGCUGCGCCGCCGCUACCCGCAGAUCUACGGCAGCAGCGUCAAACUGACGCUGGACGUGGCGUCCAUCGUCCUCGGGCCCGCCGACUUCAGCAAGGCCAUCGGGACCAUCGUGCCGGCCUCCCAGAGGGCCCUGGCGCCGCCGGGCCGAGCCCUGUCCCCGGCCCUCAGGCCCCUGCUGGCCAGCUCUUUCUCCCUGGUGCUAAAAGCUCUGCUCAGAGUCUUCCCCCACGCUCAGUGCGCCGACGGGAACAACCCACACGGCGGUGACAAUCAGCUGCUCGAAGACGACUUGUACAGCGACGACAAUAAGGAACGCUCCGCCUCCAUCUACGAGGCCCCGCCCACUGCAUCCCCAAAGAGUCAGCUCUGCUCCCCCACCAUGCACAGACCCUUCCUCCACUUCUCCUGCUCCGCCCUCCAGCAGCCCACAGCGUACCGACCCCGCCUGAUGCUGGCCGGGCCCCCGGGCUCGGGGCAGAGCUCCCACGUGGCGCCCGCCUUGCUGCACCACCUGGACAAGCUGCCGGUGCACCGCCUGGAUUUGCCCACCCUCUACUCCGUCAGCGCUAAGACGCCCGAGGAGUCCUGUGCUCAGGUUUUCCGCGAGGCCCGUCGCAGCGUGCCCAGCGUGGUGUUCAUGCCGCACAUCUCCGAGUGGUGGGAGACGGUGAGCGACACCGUGAAGAGCACCUUCCUCACCCUGCUGCAGGACGUGCCCUCGUUCAGCCCGGUCCUGGUCCUCGCCACGGCGGAGACUCACUACUCUCAGCUGUCAGAAGAGCUACGAAGUAUGUUCCAGAGGAGCUACGGGGAGGUGGUGACGCUGACCGCUCCAGGAGAAGAGGACCGGAAGAGCUUCUUCUCCGACCUGCUGCUGGUCCAAGCAGCCAGGGCCCCGCCGCGCCUCAGGAGCACAGGGAGGCGCGAGGAGGUGCUGCCGGCGGCCGAGGCUCCCGGCCCCAGAGUCCUGUCCGCGGAGGAGCAGCGGCGCCUGGCCGAGCAGGAGGAGAACACGCUGCGGGAGCUCAGGCUCUUUCUCAGGGACGUGACCAAGCGCCUGGCCACCGACAAACGCUUCAGCAUCUUCAGCAAGCCGGUGGACAUCGACGAGGUGUCGGACUACCUGGAGGUCAUCCGGCAGCCGAUGGACCUGUCCACCGCCAUGACCAAGAUCGACACCCACCAGUACCUGAGAGGGAAGGACUUCCUGGGGGACAUCGACCUCAUCUGCAGUAACGCUCUGGAAUACAAUCCUGACAAGGACCCUGGAGACAAGGUCAUCAGGCACCGGGCGUGCAGCCUGAAGGACACGGCUCACGCCAUAUUUGCUGCAGAGCUGGACCCCGAGUUUGACCGCAUGUGCGAAGAGAUCAAGGAGGCGCGCCGGAAGAGGGACCUCCAGACGCCGGCUCAGCCGACCCCUCCGACGGGCGCCGUGGCAACCAGGAGGCAGCAGGCUGCGGGAGAGGAGCAGGCCAGGAGCGGCGCUCGGGGCGAGGCCGCCGACAAGCAGUGCAGCACCAAUCAUGUAAAGCGCAAGAUUCGCCGGCGGCCGUCCUGGGGGCGGGGCAUCAUCCGUAAGAAGAGGAUCUACAGGAAGGAGACUGAAGAGGAGGAGGAGGAGGAAGAGGAAGAGGAAGAAGAGGGUGAACCCGAGGUGGAGGUGGCGGGGCCGAGUGACUCGUGUCUAACGCAGGAUGAGGAGUCGUCCUGCGAUACCAUGGGCCCCCAGCCCAAUGGCCACCACCCCCCCCACGGCCCCUCCACGGAGGAGGAGAGCUCCAACGAGCCCCCCGUCGCGGCUCCCGCCGAACCUCCGGAUGACCCCGCCGCCGUCGCCCCCGCCGCCGCAGCCCAAGAAGAGCCCACGCCUAAGGAAGAGGAGGAGCUCACGCCCAAAGAGGCGGAGCCUGAAAGCACCGAGCCGCAUUGCCCCGGGGGCAGCUGCGAGACCGCGGCAGGCCGGGGCGCGUCGAUCGGAGGAAGCCGGGAGUCGGCCUGCUCGAGCCCCCCGCCGCCGCCGCCACGGGCGAACUGCGUGAACGGAAACGAGUCGAUGGACAGCGUGGACUCGCGGGGCCUCGAGGUCGAGCAGAGGCCGGAGCGCCCUAACGCGGCGGGGCGGGAAGAGCACGAAGGCAAAAAGGAGAGCGACGCCGCGCAGGAGCAGCCGCACCAGGACGGGGGCACAGAGCAACAUCUGGAUCCAGAAGGUGGCGCCCCGGAGACGGGCGGGGGCGACCCGUCGGAGCCGUCCAAGGGACCCGCCGAAAAGACGGAGGAAGAGCCGCCAGCUGUCCCUCCCCAGCCUCCCGUAGUGGUGGACCGCCAGCGGCUCUCGGUGACGUCCCUGUGA